CUAUAUGAUGCAGAGCACUCACUGUUCUAGCCGCACCUGCCCCAGAGGUCAUGUUUAUAAUUUGAUUUCAAAGAAACUCAUGGAACCAGAAGUUGGGGUUAACAGGACAUCUGUCACUGAAUUCAUUCUACUCGGCCUCGUGGAAACAGAGCAGCUGCAGUCUGUGGUCUUUGUCAUCUUCCUCUUAGCCUACCUGGUCACAGUCGGGGGCAACCUCAGCAUCCUGGCCGCCAUCUUGGUGGAGCCCAAACUCCACACCCCCAUGUACUUCUUCCUGGGGAACCUAUCCAUGCUGGACUUUGGGUGCAUCACCGUCACUAUUCCCUCAAUGUUGGCUCGUCUCCUAUCCCACAAGCGUACUGUGCCCUAUGGAGCUUGCCUGGCACAGCUUUUCUUCUUUCACCUCCUGGCUGGCAUGGACUGCUUUCUGUUGACAGCCAUGGCAUAUGACAGAUUCCUGGCCAUCUGCCGGCCCCUCACCUACAGCACCCAAAUGAGCCAGACAGUCCAGAGGAUUCUGGUGGCUGUGUCCUGGGCUUUAGCCUUCACCAAUGCACUGACUCACACAGUAGCCAUAUCCACCCUGAAUUUCUGUGGUCCCAAUGUGAUCAAUCACUUCUACUGUGACCUCCCGCAGCUCUUCCAGCUCUCCUGCUCCAGCACUCAACUCAACGAGUGGCUGCUUUUUGCUGUGGGUUUCAUAAUGGCAGGUACCCCCCUGGCUCUCAUCAUAACCUCCUAUGCCCAUGUGGCAGCUGCCGUCCUACGAAUCCGCUCCGCAGAGGGGAGGAAGAAAGCCUUCUCCACAUGCGGUUCACAUCUCACUGUGGUUGCCAUUUUCUAUGGUUCAGGUAUAUUUAAUUAUAUGCGACUGGGUUCAGCCAAGCUUUCAGACAAGGAUAAAGCUGUUGGCAUCUUUAACACUGUCAUCAACCCCAUGCUGAAUCCAAUCAUCUACAGCCUCAGGAACCCUGAUGUGCAGGGUGCCCUCUGGCGAGUGCUCCUGGGGAGGCGACCACUGGCUUGA